AUGGCCUCGCAGUCCACCAUGGCAUCCCAUGCAAAUGACUGGGAAAAGUUCUUCAAGGAAGACAAGUUUGUCAAUCAAUACAAAACUGGCGAGCAUAUCACCGGCCAGUUUGCCCAACUCCUGAUCGACCAAACUGGCCUGGUUGCCCACUCCAAGGCCAACCCUGAUAAGCCUCUUGUGGUACUUGAUAAUGCCUGUGGCACUGGUAUUGUCUCCAGCAUCCUGCAGCAUGAACUGGAUGAUCAGACCAAGAGCAAUCUGCAGUUGACCUGUGGUGAUAUCUCACAGGGCAUGCUGGACUAUGUCAAGCAUCGCAUUGGCCAAGAGAACUGGCAGAAUGUAGAAGUCAAGACGGUGGAUGCGCAGGCCUCGGGGCUUCCUAGCUCACACUUUACCCAUGUUAUCGCUUCUUUUGUGUUCAUGGCCCUUCCCAAGUCGUUGGCGGCGCUCGAUGACGCCACUCGGAUUCUGCAGCCAGGGGGUACCGUUGCUUUCGCAACUUGGAUAGACCCCGGCUGGCUGUCCGUCACGCAGAAAGCCAUACAGACCAUUCCGGGCGAGUUGCCUUUCCCCACCGCGCAGCAAUUCCUUCAGGCCAUGGGUUCUGGUGAAUGGCACUCGGUGUCUUGGAUCGAAUCCCAAUUGAAGGAGCGCGGCUUCGAAGAUAUCAAUGUGCGCUCCGUCACCAGGACCAUGUCGAUCAAGGUCCCAAACUUCGUGGAAAUAACGAUGAUCAUGUUUUCAAUGAUUUCUAAGGUGUUCUGGACAGAGAAACAGCGUGAGGAAGACAUGGACAAGGUCCGCCCAGCGCUGGAGAGGUAUCUGGAAACCACUUUUGGAAAGGAAGGAGAUGUUCCUGGGGAGUGGACCGCUGUUCUUUCCACAGCUCGCAAGCCAAGUUAG